AUGGACACCUCCAGCCAGGCAAACGUCCCCCAGCCCCCCAAGCAAUCGGCCUACACUCAACCAUCCAACCCCGUCUCUCAAGACCCUCUUGAGCAGCGUGGCCAGCCACAAACCCAACAACUUGGCGCCACCUCUCAACCACCAUCAUCAUCAUCAAGAGCUACCAGACGAGGAUACGGCGAUGCCCCAGCUGCCAUCCAUCGCACUGCCGAUUCUAAGCCCUCCUCCGACGACAAACUAGCCAAACUAGAACAAGACCGCCAGCAAAAGCUACAGCCAGAAUACAAACGAGGCCAUAUUGACCUCGAAUACGGCAUCGAGCAGCAACCUGCAGAAGGUGACAUUGCAGCUGCCGUCGAGAACAAUACCAAUUCUUCGCAGGGCUACUAUAAUCGCGUGCAACCAGGCGCGCACGCUGGCCCCGUCGGAAGCAGCACGCCGGGAUACGAGCAAGAUAUGGCGGCGCAAAUGGAUCGCAAGAGAGCAGAGCAUGAUCGGGUUCUGGCCCAGAAAGCUGAGAAGAGCUCUGGUUCGGAAGGAGACGAGGCGGAGCGCCGCCAGCUGCGUGAGAGGAAAUUGAAGCAGAAUGAGCAGCUCGAUGUCAAGGGUGCUGUAAAGGCAAGCACCGGUGAUCCGGUAGUGUGA